AUAACAAAUCUGGGUUUUUAAUUUAUUAGUUAAUCACUUCAUCUAUCAAUUAAUUUACCACACACAAAAUAAUUUUACAAUUUAAUAUAGCAGUAAAAGUUACAAAAGUUAUUACAAAAGUUUAAAUUUAGGUUUAGAAAUAUCAUGCUUUCAGAUCUUUAUCAUUUAUCCUUAUCGUUCUUUGUUUAAUCAUUUUUGGACGACAGCUUCUUAUGGACUCAUUCACCCAUGAAUAUCGUUUUUGAGGUUAAGUUUACUAAUUCACAAGUAACGUGCACCGUGGUCUGUCUUUCGUGAUACACGAAUCGUGUAUCAUUUUUCAAAAUAUAUAAAUCGGUAUUAUUUUGUAUUUACUCGUGUGGAGUAAAUUUUCGUGUUUGCAAUCUUAAGGUCCUAAAGUAUAAUGGCUUUGCCAAAAAAGAGUAAGUGUCUUCUCAAACGUUACAAAGAUUUUCUGUCAUCUCAUAUUUUUGUUUUCUACAAUACUUAUAUUUGUGAUAACUUUAAUUAUUAUAUUAAAUCGUAUUUGCAGGGAAACAGUCUAAACGUUUGAAAUGCCGGACCAAGUACAAGGUAGCGGCAAAAGUACGAGAUCACAACCGCAAGCUAAGAAGAGAUGCCAAGAAAAAGCCCAAAAAGAGUAAGUACCUACUUACCUAUUAUCAAAAGAAGUACAAACUAUUAUACAGUAAAUAAAGUGAAUUAAUAGUACAUGUAUAAUAAUCUGUGGUUUCAAAUUUUUAUUUCUAGAUUAUUAUUAUACUACUAUAUAUUAUAGCUGCUCAUAGAUUUAAGAUUUGUUUUGAUUUUUUGUGAAUGUAAAGUUUAGUGUAAAAAAUGUACCUACCCAUCAAUUAAUAAACGUGAACAAAUUGCAUUAUUUUUACAAAGUAAUAAAGUUUUCUGCCAGAAAACUUGUUCCCAAAUAUAGACUAUAGCACCAUUCCUGAAACGUAAUUUUCUCUUGUUGAUGUAUUGGGGAAGUCAUUUUUUGAUUUUCCAAGGGGUUUUUCGAAAAAAAUUAGGAGAAACUAGAAGAAAAUUAUAGGUGUAACGGCGUUACCAUUUUCAUUAUUUUAAUUAUGUUUGUACAAUGUUUUUUACAAGAAAUAUUGCUCUGAUACAAAUGACAAGAGAUCAAUUUUAUUGGAAAAAACAAAAAACUAAUUUUAAAUUUGUAUGGUUUAUGUUUUCUACCAUAAAAAUUGCUCCAGUAGAAAAAAAUCAAGAAAUCUUGUUGAAUUUUUAAUCUAGUUCGUGACCAUGAAAGAAUUUUUUUUAUUUUCUUUGUAAUUUUUUAAAUAAAUGAAUAAAACCAAAAAAUACGUAGAAAAGAAUGGGUUAAAUGCAUGAAAAUAAUUCAUUAUUUUAAAUUUUGUUUUUUUAAAUGUAUUUCAGUUUUAAGUUACUUAUGUAUAUGUAGGUAAAUUGUCCCUUUACCCCAAUUAUUAUAAAAACCUCAUGUAAAACUAAAAAAUGACUUUAUACUUUUAAUACCACCCAGAUAACAUUUCCUUUCAGAAAAAGUACUACGUUAGAAAAUCAGAGCAAGAUUUCUGGUAGAAAAGUUGUUUACAGAUAAAAAAAAGUAUAGUUUAUUAUUAGAUUUAUUUUGAUUUUAAAGUUAUAUGUUUAAAUAUUUUGAAUUUAUUAUUAUUGAACAACCAAGUAUAAUCUGUUUUAAUAUAAGCCGCUCCUUAAAUGCACUCUCUGAUUUUAAAUAGAUUUAUAGAAAUAUAGAUUAUUAAUAUAUAGAUAUAAAUUAUAAAUUUAUAAAAAGAGGAAUAAACAUUAUGUAUUUAAUGCUAAUUCUAAGUACAAACCUGUGAAAGUGGAGAUUUUCUUCUUUAUUGCUAUAACACAUAUGUUAUAUAAAUCUUAACAAUUCAAAUUUAUAUGAAAUGGAAAGAAAAAAAAAAAAGACUAACUAUAGAAUUAUUUUCCACUGUCCAAAUAUGGGCCACACAAUGUAGUAAGUACAUGACUGAUAAUAAACAGAAAAAUAUGUUUACAUAAAUUGUAUUAAUACAGAUAUACAAGUAUAUUAUAAGAUAAUAAUAAUAAAUAUAACAAGUUAUAUAUAUAUAUGUAUAUGUUUAUAAAACACUUAUUAAUAAAUAAAUAAAUGUUAAAACUAUGGUUACAAUAAACUUUUUCAAAUUUCUAAAAUAAUAUGUUAACAAUUUUAUCAUAUUAAUAUAAAUAAACAGUAAGUGGCGUGUAUAUUUUUUAAUGCUACCAGGUAUUAGGUUAUAUUAAGCACUAAUGAUUUACGUCAUAUUAUUCAUUUUUACUUUGAAUAUGUUAUACUAUCUAAUAUCUACAACUUGUAUACUAAUUUAUGUGCAAAUCAUAUUAGAGUCUUGGUUUAAAUUUUAAAUUAAGAAGACUUGACCUUGAUUCAUAUUAAAAAUGAUUUACUUGUUAGUAUAUAUAUAUAUUAAUAUUUUUGUAUAUUUUAAUUGAAUAAGAGUAAUUGUUUAAAAAGUACUUUACAUAUAAAAUGUGUUAUUUAUAAUUUUUAGAGACCAAAAAUAGUAUGAUUAUCGCUCCAAACUUAUGUCCAUUCAAAGGAGAAAUAAUUGAACAACUUAAUGAAGCUAAAAGAAAGGAGCGAGAGAUACGUAUGUUAAAUAUUGAAGCCAUGGAAACCCAAAAGAAUGAUGAAACUAAAAAAAGUACAGAAUCAGAAAAAUUGCCAUUUAGAAAAACAUGGCUUUUAAAAGAGACUAGAGAUGAUCGAUACCCAGAACACAACUAUAAAAGGGUAAGAUACUGCUCAUAAGUAAGCCAUUAUUGUAGCUAAGAAGUUGGGAAGGAAGGACACACGUCUUCCUAUAGCGUAAUUUAGUUUAUAUACUGGUCAAUAAAUCAUUGGAAAAAAAUUAUCAAUUAUCUACACCUGAUAAAAUACAAUUAUUAUGUUUUUCAGAAAUUUGAAGUAGAAAUUAGAUUUUAAAACUUGUACAAAAAAAUACUAUGUACACUGGAUUUUAUUUUUUAUCAUUAUCUAACCGAUGUAUGACAACAGUUAUGUACCACCACUAGAUUACAAUUUACACUAUUUAUACUUUGAUUGAAUUUUUCCCAAUAAUAGAAACUAUUGUAUCUGUUAUGUAAGACAUAAGAGCAAUAUUUAACAAAUGAAAUAACUUUUUUCUAUUCAAUACUUCGUUUUAUUUGUUUUAAUAAUAACUAGAACUGCUCUAUAAUUUCUGUAUUUUAUUUCAGUACUUUAACUAAAAAUAAAAAUUAAUUUUUUUUUUUUUUUGGUAAUCUAGGAAUGAAUUUUUCAAAAAUAUAUUUCUUGGUAAUUUGACUAAUGAUAGAAUGAUAAACAUUUAUCCACUUAGAUUAAAUUUAUUAUGAUAAUAUUAUUACAUUUUACAAUAUUUCAUAGAUAAAUCAAAUUGGACCAUUAGAAAAUUGUCAUAUUUCAUAUGACUUAAAAUAAUUAGUUUAGUAAAAUCUGUUUAUAUCAACAUUUCUCUAAAAAUUAGAUUUAUAAAAAAGCUAUCUUGAUUUUUAUUGCUAAGGUGUUAUAAUAAUUUUAAAAAAAAUAUUUAAUAAAAAAAAAGUUAAUAUGUUUGUUAUAUAAUCCUGUUAUACCAUGUACAUAUAUAAAUGUGUAUAUUUAUAUUUUUUUUCUGAUUCAUUAAUAAUCAUUAAGCCGCUCUUGAACAUAAAAAAAAAAUAUGAAUCAUUUUAAAUAUCUUUAUAACCUGGUUUAUUUGAAUUAUUGCAUAUUGUACCAAAAGUUUCUUUUAUUGUAUUGGUAUAACUUUGGGUUUCUGUCUGUAUUUUUAAUAAAAUAAAUAAAUAACUCAAAACCUAUAUCUAGAAAACUAAUACAAUUAUUCAGUAAUUAAUUUAGGAUUUGGUAAUUUUUUUUUCACAGAAUUACAAAAAAAUUUAAAUUUACUGAACUUAGCAUAUAUUCCUUUUAUGCAUAUAAUUUUAAUGGUGUUUUUUCUAGUAUUAAGAAAUAUCAAAAAAAUAUCUCUAUAAAUUAAACAAAAUUGCUUCCUGAAACUGCCUUAGAAAUGAUGAUUGGCAAUUCUUCUAGUUAAAAACUUAUCUGCAGUAAAAAAAAUUAACUUAAAUAGGAAGUAAAUAAUAUAAUAAUAUGUAAUUUGAUAAUUUCAAACACAGAUGGCCCUUUAUUUGGAAGUUAAGUAAAUACUUAUAGAAAAUUGCAACAAGGUAUCAUUUUCUCAAUGCAUAUCUUUUUUCGUACUUCCAAAUACAGAUAACACUAUCAUAGUCCUUGUAACAUAAUAUAUUAAUGAAAAACCCGCCCACUUAUCAAUUUGUUAUCAAAAUAUUAGUAAAAUAUGUUAUUUAUUGGAUAAUAUUGACCAACACAAAAAAAAUAUCCCAAAGCAUAAUACAAUUCUAUUGCCACUUUCAUUAUAUUAUUCUAAAUAGUAAAUACCAAUAAUAUUAUAUCCAUGUUUGUUUUUACCUUUUCAUUUUAAAUUCGUAUUUAGAAUUUUGUUAUUGUUUCAGAUAAUCACAAUGUGUGAUGUAGUUCUAGAAGUUUUGGAUGUUCGCGAUCCGUUAGCAACACGUUCUAAAGAAAUAGAGGAUUAUUUAACAGAAAAUCCAAAUAAAAAACGUAUUAUUUUGUUAAAUAAAAUUGAUUUAGUACCCAAAUCAGUUGUAGCUGAUUGGGUAGAUUAUUUUAGUAAGAUAGCGCCAACAGUACCAUUCAGAGCCAGUCGUGAAGUAAGAAAUACACCAAAGACCAGUGCAAAAGAUCCAAAAUUUAUCGAAAGAAUAAAAAAUAAAAUUGCUAAUAAAUGUUUUGGAGAAAAUAUUGUAUUGAAUUAUUUACUAACUUGUAUAGAUGAACCCCUAUUGGGUAUUACAGUUGGUGUUGUUGGUAUGUCCAAAGUAGGGAAAUCUUGUGUUGUAGAUACCAUCAAAUGGAAGUACACAAUUGGUGAUGAACCCGUUCCAUCAAAAAAGAAUCAGUAAAUAUUGAAAUAACAUUUUAUCAAUGCCAUAAUUUCAUAAUAAAUAUAAAUUAUUUUCAGAUCAAUUGGGGUAUAUCCAUUCAAUAACAUGAAAAUUGAAUUAUUACCAUGGAAAUGUACUGGAGUACAAACAAUAUUGAAGCAGCCUAGUGAUAAUCGUUUACUUUUAAGACAGGCAUUACUAGUAGAUCUUCAAAACAUAGUUCCAACUAAAAUAUGUGCUUUAUUUUUACCUUAUAUAAACAAAAAUCAGGUUUGUUAAUAUAAUUAUGCAUAAUAAUUAUUAAUCUUUAACUGUUACAUAAACAUUUUUUUUUUUUCUAGUUGAAGUUAUUAUAUGACAUGACUGUAGAAAGUACUGAAGAUUAUAAGCAUGUGCUUGAAAUGAAAGCUAAGAGACAUAGUUUAAUAAAUAAGCGCGGAAAACCUGACCAAGUAAACGCAGCCAAAUCCUUUAUGAAGGAUUUAAAAAAGUAAAUUUAUCUUUAGUAAAACUAGAGACUUUUUUUUUAUAAAUAUUAUACUAUAUAUUUAGUAUAUUUGUAUUUAUUAAAUUAUAAUUCCCAAUAAUUAUAAAAGAAAAUAAAAAUAAUUUUUUCUCUAGAAAACAUUUUAUACAAUUUUUAAGAUGGAUCAUAGGAUAUGUGUUUCAAAUACUGAAUUUUAUUUUAGAAAUUAUAGUUAUUUGAUGUUUGUUGUAUGGUUUUUACAAUAUCUUUUAUCUGAAAAUUUAUUCUGGUAUAAUGAGAUUUAAGUUGACAUUUAGAAUACUCUUGCAGCAAUAUCAGGUUAAAGAUCAAUAGACAAGUUGGAAGGUUGUGUUAAAAUGAACUUAUUCCAUUUUUUCUUACAAUGAAUGAGAUAUUGGUUAGAGAAUAGAGAUUGAAAAUAAGUCAUUUUAAAAAUGUAUUAUAGUUAACAAAAAGUGCAGAACAAGACACUUGCCAUAAAUUAGUACUCCCCUGUCUUACCUAAUUGAAACAACUGAUCAUAAAUUAAUAGAGGUAACAGUCUUGCUAUGUGAUGAGCGUGAUUUGGAACACAUUUUAUUAAACCAGUUUUAGAUUUGGUUUAAAAAGACAAAUAUAUUGCAGAAGUAAUGCAAUAUUAUCUAAAUAAUACAAUUGUUAGAUAUAUAAACACAAGUAAAAAUAAUUGUUUAAAAUUAACUGAAUCACUCUUUAAACAAAAUAUUUUAAAUGUUAGUAUUACCUUAAAAGUUAACAAAAUUUAUUUUAUAAACGAAACAACAAAAAUUUCUUUGAAUGUUGAACAUUAAUUUUAGUUUAUAAAAAUACAAAAUUUUAUUUAUAACCUGACCAAAUAUGUUCAUUUUUAAAUCUGUUGGAUCUUUGGGUUGUACUAUUUUUUUUUUUUUGUGUCUGCAAAUUUUCUACCAGAAAUCUUGCUUCAUAAAUUAGAAAAAAUGUUAACUGAAAACUAACAAAUUUACAGUGUACAAUGUAAUUAUUAUUAUUAUUUAAAUUGUACAAUUUAUGUUUUUUACCAGAAAUUUUGAUUCUCAUUGUAUAUUUGUUAAUAAUUUAGCAAAACCGGGAAAGAGAGUUUACAGAAAUAAAUGUUCCAUUAUUUUUAUUUUUGUUUUUAUGUUCAGUUAAAAAUGUAUGUAAUAACUUGAAAUUUUGACAAGACUUAUAUUAGCUUUUUCUAAUAGUUACAAAUAUAUAUAACUUAAUAUUCUGAAAAUUUGUUUUUGAGCUAUUUAUUUAUUUUUCUAAUUUUUCACAUAGUUUUUUUUUUCUUAUGUACUAUGUGAAUAAGAUUCUUUAACCAAACAAAAAUGUAUAUAAAUUUAACACUGGAUUCAUUAUAAGUUAUCCCUAGUGAUGAAAAAUAGUUGUGUGUAAUUUAGUUGUUUUUUUGUAAUCCAUUGUUUUAAAACCAAAUUUUGAUGAAAAUUUAAAAAAUUAUGGCAUUUCAUCAAAACAUGUAAAAUUAAAUUUUGUUCAGAAUCUUUUUCAUUAGCAAUGGUUUAUUGUUGCUUACAGAUAUAAAUUAAAUAGUUAUGUAUCCUACUUUCCCAACUUCCUAUCUGCAACAGUAACUCACCUAUUAGUAGUAUGAGCUCUUUUUUUUUGAAUCCACAAAUUAUUAAUUGUUUUAUAUUUUAUUUUUAGUGGUGUAUUACUAUACUAUACAAGACCGCCAACUGAUAAAGAAUCUCCAGGAACAACAAUAUCUACAGAACUGGAAUCAAAAUUCAAUAUGGAUGCCAUGGCCACAAAAAUUAGCAAAGGUAUAUCUCAUUGCCGGGAUAGUUCAAGAGUUAUUCAUUUCGAUAUGACCGAUUCGUGACAAUUGUUAAAAUAACUACUAUAAUAUCAUUUUUGUUAUUUUAUUAUCAAUAUUUUCAAAAUACACAUAUUUUAAUAAAAUGACAAAUAUCUAAAUAUUU